AGUAAAAAUGUUAUCUAUGGGGACUUGAAUACACGGGGUUUCAUCAUUUGGUCAUCAUGGUUCUAUCCCAUGAGACAUUGCGAUAAGGCACACGCAAUCUUCCCACAAUGCACCUGCAUCCACCAAGAUGGCGGCGAAUUGACAGAAGAAAGUAGACAUGGAGGGGCAAUGUGGAGUCUCUCUGGAACAAGCCAAUGAAUAUUUUGGGCAGCAGGAGUAUGGGAAGGCUGUGGAGUGUCUCAGCAGUCUACUGACCCACGUCCCUGAUGCUGUCAGUGAGAGAACAAACCUCCUGAACAGCAGGGCCAACUGUUACCUGCGUAUGAAACAAUAUGAGAAGGUGGUGAAUGACAGUGAUGAAGUUUUAUCUCUGGGUCCAAACAUCGAGGCCCUCCUGAGGAAGAGUAAGGCUCUUGGAAAGUUGGGAAGAUUUCAUGAAGCAUAUCAGGCAGUGGAACAAUGUCUGGCUUUGGAACCACAGAACUCUGGUGCUCUAAAAGAGCAGGCUCGCCUCCAGACGGUGGUGGACGCUCUACAAGAUGAGGCUAUAUUGCUGAGUCAGCGUGACUUGUGUCGGCAGGUGGCUGAUGAAGAGGAGCUAGCAGCAGCAGGGAAGGAGCGGGAGCCUCCGGAGGGCUCGGAGAGGGACUCCCCAAACAUGAACGGGUCUCCCAGCAGUGCCAACCUGGGCAAGACAUCACAGGGCUCAGGCACUGCAACAAGCACAGAUGUGAACCUGUACUGCUCAUACUGUGAUGUCCAGUGUCAGACGAAGGUGGACCUGCAUCUCCACUGUACCAGCCUGGCACAUCAGGCCAUCAUCAUGUCAGACUCGGGCAGAGACUGGAAACAUAGGCCUCCUCCCAGGGGCAUCACAGGAGACGAGUACACACUCUGUCAGGAGCACAUCAGCCAAGGAAACUGUCAGUUUGGGACCCAGUGUACAGCAGCCCAUUCUGAGGACGAGCUCGCAGAGUGGCGAGAACGUUACCAGUACCGACAGAUCCGUAUCCAGCAGGCGCGAGACAGGCAGUUGAACGGAGAGUCUUACUCUGAGAAACUACUGGAGAGAUGGAUGUCGUCCUCUACCCCACACUCUGUGAUGAAUGAACAUGUGGAAGGAGUAAUGGUGACUACUGACAACAAGCUGAAUGUGUCUGUGAGCAGUAAGCAGGCUUCCCACGCCUGGACGUUCACCCUCAACUGUAAGCCUGGAGUGUACCUGUCCCGUGUGGCCCUCCUGUAUGACGCACACCGGUCCCACUUCCACCUGGCCAGUGUCACCAGUAAUGGGGACCAGCAGGAGACCAGUCACAACCUGCCACCCAUGUGCCAGGAGUGGAGUGCCAGUGGCACCGACCCGCCCGGCUCCCCCACCAGCCCCGUCACCUACACCAUCCGCCUGGUCUUUAAUACCGGCAUCUACGGAACCUUCCGCCAGUCUGUGGUGUUCGACUUCGGGGGCAGCCAGGAGCCGGUGCUGCUGCAGCGAGUUUGUGUGGAUGUGGCUUCUUCAGAAGAAAUGAACCGGCUAAACCAGGUUCGAAAUAGCAUGUUAUGCGUAGGAGAGCGCUGGAGCAACACCAACAAGACCAUCAUCGAGUUUGUCCCCAAACCCGCGGAUGCGACGGAAAACGACAAGGGCCUGAUGUCGUUCUACACGCCGCCUGCCUCCCCCGAGCAGCUGUUCACGCGAGAGGUGCUGGACGGACCACUGACCAAGAACAACUACAAGGGGCGGAUGCACGAUCUGCUGUAUAUAGAGGAGAUGGCACAGUACAAGGAGAUCAGCAGGUUCAACAUGAAGGUUCAGCUGCAAAUGGUGAAGAGUUUCAUGUUGCUACCUGGGACCAGCGGUGCCAAGUACGCCCAGUCAGGGGAGCUGUACUCACGAGUCAAACUGAUAGAGGAUCUGUCAGAGGACACCAUGGCAGGGCGACUCAUCCUCAACAGUGUCCAAGCUGUUUUGCUGGCGCCCAUGGCUGGGAAGGACUCGUCUCCUGACACGAUAUACGAGGCAGUCGUGGAGGAGAAAGGGAAGGGCUUCAUCUUCCUGCGCGUGUCGGCCAAGUGUGUGUCAGACCUGAAGCUGAUGGCAGACAAGGACAUGAGGGCAGAGAUGCAGCUACAACUCAACAGGUUACCCAUAUGUGAGAUGCACUUUGCAGUAGACAAGGUGCCAGACAUGUCCAUCCUCUUCCCAGAGGUGCAACGCCCCACUAACAUUCCAUGGAAUCCACACAGACAGUGGAGUGAAGACCUAGACUUGCGGCUGAAUGCCAAGCAGAAGGAGGCUAUCCUGGCCAUCACGUCAUCCCUGACUGUGCCCCUGCCCCCCAUCCUGCUGUGUGGACCCUUCGGCACAGGCAAAACCUUCACUCUGGCUCAGGCAGCCAAGCAGAUCCUCAAACAACCCAACACUCGCAUCCUCAUCUGUACACAUUCCAAUAGUGCUGCUGAUUUGUAUAUCAAGGAGUACCUUCAUCCGUACGUCCUGACCAACCACGAGGAGGCGCGACCCCUCAGGGUGUACUACCGGAACCGCUGGGUGCGUACCGUUCACCCCAUCGUCCAGGGCUACUGUCUGAUCUCUGACAGCGGCUACAACUUCCGGAUGCCGACCCGGGAGGACGUGAUGAAACACCGCGUGGUGGUGGCCACCCUCAGCACCUCCCGCUACCUGUGUCAUCUGGAGCUCGAACCAGGCACCUUUACCCACAUUCUAAUUGAUGAGGCAGCCCAGGCCAUGGAGUGUGAGACCAUCAUGCCUGUUGCCCUGGCAACAAGCACCACCCGCAUCGUCCUGGCUGGGGAUCACAUGCAGCUGAGCCCACACGUGUACUCAGACUUUGCCCGUGAGAGGAACCUGCACAUGUCUCUGCUGGAGCGGCUCUACCACAACUACCCCUCCAACCACCCCUGUAAGAUCCUGCUGGUGGAGAACUACCGCUCACACCAGAGUAUCAUUGAGUACACAUCCAAGCUGUUCUAUGAAGGGAAGCUGGUAGCCAGUGGUAAACAGCCGCGACACAAGGUGCACUUCCCACUCACCUUCUUCACUGCUCGGGGGGAGGAUGUACAGAACCAGAACAGCACCUCCUUCUACAAUAAUGCUGAGGUGUUUGAGGUUGUGGAGCGAGUGAAGGAACUACAGGACAAGUGGCCGGAGGAGUGGGGUCCCGUAGAUGAGUCCAGCAUCGGAGUGGUCACACCGUACUCCGACCAGGUCUUCAGGAUCCGCGGAGAGCUGCGCAAGAAGCGACUGUACAACGUCAGCGUGGAGAGGGUUCUCAACGUUCAAGGGAAGCAAUUCCGCGCACUGUUUCUGAGCACUGUCCGAACCAGACACACGUGCAAAAGCGUCUCAGAAAGCGUCAGCAAGGAGCAGGAGCUCGACUACGGCUUCUUGUCUGACGCGAAGCUGCUGAACACCGCCAUAACCCGUGCCCAGUCCCUCGUGGCUGUGGUGGGCGACCCUGUAGCUGUACUCUCUGUGGGCAAAUGCAGGAAACUGUGGGAUGUGUACCUGGAGAAGUGCAGCGAGGCGGCCAGCCUGCACGGCAUCACCUGGGCGGCCAUCAAGGCCCAGCUGGACGGGGUAGAGCUGAAGAAGACUUACGUGCUGAACCCGCUGGCGCCGGAGUUCAUCCCGCGAGCCUUACAGAUGGCCCAGCUGGCACGGGCGCCUAGGAACUGGAAUGUGUCUCCGCGAGGAGCCCAGCCGUUUCUGCCACGCCACCCUGCUGAUGGACAGGUCCCCAUCGGUCCGACGGGGAGCCCCAUGCGGGCUUUUACGCCGCCCGUCGCGCCACGACCAACCUUCGGGAAACCUCCCAGCCCCGUGCAGCGCAUUGACCCCUACACCGGUGCUAGCUUACUGUAUGUGCCUUCGGCGUAUGGCAGUAACAUGCUCCUGCCCAUCCGACCCUUCCGACCCAUCCCUCCGCACUACAACACCCACAUGCUGCUCCCCGUAGACCCACGGGUCUUCCCCCACCACCCCAUCAUGCACCCCUUUGCUGUGAACCCUCUGUUGCAACAGCAGGGUGCCGUGGCCCCUCCCACGACGGGCACACACCCGACCACCCCCACCAGCAUGGCGGAUCAGGGACAGGGCGAUGCCAGUCGAGGUGGGAAUGUCGCUGGCCAGGUUCCCGACAGGUCGCGGGGGACAGAGCCUGUAUCUCCUACCGCUGGAAGCGGGGCAUCUAGUCAGAAGAGACGUGGGCCAGACGGAGCCAGCGCGCCGUCAAACAACGCUGCUUCAUCGCGUGGCUUUGUGUUCAACCACACCGCUCGCAACAUCCAGCCCAGACCAAGUCCCACAAACCAGUCAGCCAGUGGUAGCGAGUCCCCCACGUCACCCCUCAUGACCCCCUCCCACCCCCAGGGAGUGGCCCCACCCGUCUCGCCUUUCAGGGAAAACCCCUCGCAGGGACGACAGUUCAACCUGCCCACCAGAGUCAUGGAGGAGCCUCAGCGCUACCCCGGCAUGGCACCGCCAGUCAUGGAAGGGAGAGCCCAGGAUCACACGGAAGGGAGGGAGCCCGGGGUGGGGAGUUCCAGUAACGCCAGGCUGGGGAUGUUCGGUGGGCUGGGUCAAGCGGCCGGGGCAAACCCGCGGCGAAACCUGGAGCAGAUGUUCGAGGCCCAGCGGCUGAGCGAGGCGGCAGAGCAGCAGCGGCAGCAGCAGGCGGGGUGGAGAGGAAGCAUGCCGCCUGCACACGUGGAGAGUGUGGGACCACAUCAUAUGGCCAGAUAUCCAGGCCAGCCCAUGCGGCCUACAGGGCCCAACAUGUUCCCUCCUGAACACCUCAGCCCCACGUCACAGCCAGGCCCGGCCCCACCGGGUGGGCCUCACUUAGGCAGCAUGGAGCAGAGACAACAAGGACGCCAGUGGGUUCCCAUGCAUCAUCGAGCACAAGCCCAUACAUUCGGAUUUCCUCGGGGUGUACCACCUGAAGGGAGGUUCAUGCAGCAAGGCCUGAUCAGUCGAGGACCUGGCACUGCACCUACCAUAGGGGAGCAGCACUUCACUGCCGGUACCCAACCUACCGGGAACAGGGACUCCAGGCCGGGUGGACAUCUACCGGUCAGCGCCGGUGGGCAAUUGUUCCUGCGAGGUGACCAACCCUUCCGGGGAGCCAACCUCGGUAUGGGGGUAGACGGCCAGUCGAUGGGGAGUGGAGGAGCGCUGAGUAUGGGAAAUACAAACCAACCUCUCGGUCGAGGAAACCAGAACAUGGAUAGGGCUAAUGUUCCACUCGGCGGCAGUGGACAGGCUGUUGGUGGUGUGAGCCAAGCCAUUGGUGGCUCUAACGCAGCGGGGCGGCUGAUGCCUACGGAGAUGCAAGGCAUGCAGAGAGGAAGCGGUACAGAUAGCGCCAGUCUACAGGGCAACCGUGGUUACAACGCCAUGCAGGCGCCAAACCUUGGCGAGAACAGCGCGCUUGCACAGUUAGCUACCGACCAACGCCAGGCUCCCAACAGUCGCUACAGUUACCAGCCACCGCCCAGGUUCAUCCGGCAGCAGCAGGCCAAAGCUCAACAGGACUUCCCUCCUGGUCCUGGCCCUGCUCAGCGGGAGCUGGUGGCAGACAGGAUGAGGGAAGGGACACCCCUGUACCAGCGCCACGUGGCCAGAGGUGGGGAGGUACAACAGCCCAUGGGCAGAUAUCCUCCGGGACAACCUCCACAGCAGGGACAACCUUUCCUUACACCUGGUCAGACAACGGAACAACGACAGCACCUCCAGGCAGAUAUUCCAGAAGCACUACGUUUUCUUACGCAGGUACCACAGGAGUUCCCCCAGCCCACUGUGAGUGUCCAGGGGGCGCUCCCAGUGCGUCAGGAGACGGCCAGCGCUACUCCUACAACCAUGUCGUACGCUAACGUGGUACGAGCGCCGCCGCGACCAAAGAACCCCUCCCAACCAGGACAGGACAACAAGGGCAGCAAACCACUAGCCUUGGACGCCAACGUCGGCUACGUCUCAGGCACCAACGGACUGUACACUUACUUCAAGUGAUGUGUAACCACUGUACAUGUACAUCUCUUUCUCCUCUGUAAUUACUGUACAUAAUUUCAAAGAUCAUAUUAGUUACCAUACAACAAAAAUACACCAAAAAAAUACCUGUAUUUGCUGUAUAUAGCUCUUCAAUUAUAUAAACUUUGAAAUCUGUUAUUUCGGAGUUUAGAUAUAAAGUUAAAAUUGCAUAUGGGCCUAUUUAUUUUGAUUUAUGAUAUUUAAACAUUAAACUUAAGUAGUAAUGAAAAAGUACAUAUGUUAGAUCUCUGAGUUUUCUUUUGAUAGGGAAGUUCUGCUUUGUGAAUGUUGGUCAUAUUUAAGAAUGAAGCAAUACAGGACAUAAGACUAGCUGUAAAUUGAUGCAAUGUUUGUAAAAUACCCCUCCCCCCCCAAAAAAAAAGAAAAUAGAAUGUGAAAACUUUAACAGAACAAUUGUACAAAUCGUCCAACUGUACAAAUCUGUCCAAAGGUAUACUCUCUCAUGGCUAUUUCCACUACUGUCAUAUUUUCUUAUCUUAAACCACUAUUGUUGUACAGACAGACUGGCUCAUUGUAAAUCACAUAACCAUGUACAUUUUUGCAACAUCCUAAGGGUGGGGCUUUCCAUGUUACAGCUAUCAUUUUUAAAUACCUGUACAGAUUUACAUGGAUCUUGGGUAUGUUCUAAGGUUUCUGCAUUGUUGAUAAGAAAUUGGAAAGAACUUGUAGAGAUGCCACUGUACUGGAUGAUUAAUCCAAGUGGCUGAAAGACAUAACAUCCUGUAUCAUACAAGAGAGAGAGUAUUAUACAAACAAGAAAAACAGCAAAAAAAAAGAGAAAAAGAUGUGCAUUAAUUUGUAUUAUAAAUUUGGUUCUAUGUAGGUUAGGUUUCUCAUUUCUUUCAUAUUCUCUUUAGGACAAAUUUGAUAUGUAGUAAAUGAUCUUCAAUUUGAACAUAUACAUAUAGUUUGAACAUAUAGUUAUUUAUAAAUAGCAUUCAUCAUAUGCUGUGAAUAAAUAAAUUCAAAUGAUAAAAAAAUAUGGGCAUAAAUGUAACAAAUGUACAAAUGCAAUUACAGUACAGGGUUGUAUAUAAUAUUUUGUUCUUACUACAACAACAAAAAAUAACAAAAACAUUGUAUAAUACACUAAAUAUAACAGAAUUUAACAAAGAACUACUAAUGAAAGCAUGAAGGAGAGACAUGAAGAGUAAGUGUAAGUAGAACAGGAUACGAUAUGUUGUAAUGACAUGUAUAAAGGGGAAAGUAUAUUUUUGUAUGAAAGGUUUGGAUAGGUGUAAGCACUUGUGUGGUAGUGGUGGAGAUGGUAGUCAAAGCUGUUGCGGCAUUCACAUUGCUUAGACCAUACCACUCGACUAUGUAUCUACCUCUCAGAGUUUGCUACAAAAGGAAAAAUGCAAUUAUUGUAUGGUGGAGGACUCGAUGUACUCUUCAAAUGUGUCGUGAGCAAUGUCAAAGACAACGAUUAGUCUUCAAGACCUUUCUGUGUGGUUUUCAAGUGUCCUGGUGUGUAAUUGAAUAUUGCUUCUUGAAAAUGAUCAUAAUGAAUGGCAAAGUAUUGACAGCUUCAAGAAGUAUGUCAAAAUGUUGAUGUAGACCUGUGCUUGCUGCUCAUAUUUCUUAACCUUCAAGAUGUUGCUGGCGAAUCCACACCUUUGGACUGGUGUGAGUUCUCUGGUCAUUCAACAUGUUGAAGGUUACUAGUGAUAUGUGACUGAAAUCCACUGCACUUAAGAGAGUGUAAUGGUCAGCUGUUGUGUUUUUUGUAGAGAAUCUUUUGGUAAAAACAGAGAAAGGAAAGGAGAAACAGUGGUUGCUUCCAGUGCAUUACUAGUAUCUGAUUGCUGUUCCAUUGAGAGGUAGAAUGCUUGCCUUUGUGGCUAUAGCAGAACAAUGUUGAAGAAGUUGUUUGAGGUUGAAUGGAUGCUCAGGUUGAGAGUAAAUUGAGGCAGUUGAUCGAGUCACUGGAAAAAGUGUUGAACACUUGAAUCAGCUGUAAGAAGAUGGGGUCUGAUUUGACAUUUGUCACAAAAUCUUUAAGUUACUUAUGAAAUACGAAUUGAUUUGUUGAAUCAUUCUGUUAUAUAUAUACUUGUAUCCACAAAAACAUACUGUUAUCAAUAGUUCACAAAUUAGAUGGUUAACUUUACUUCUCUUUCUGACUUAAGUUUUACAUUCAAUUGUAUUUAAGUUCAACGAUGGUAAAUGGACAUGGAAUGUGAGUUGAAAAUGUGGAAAAGGCUGGAUUUUUUGUCAUAUUUUCCCCUUAGGGUGGUGGUUUUGCAUGUAGUCAUGCACCACAAUAAUUGUAAAUGUAGAGAAGCUUUGUAAAGUAAUUAUUAUAUCGUUAUGGAAUUUUUUGGUGCAAAGUAAGUAGAGUGUAAAUCUGCCCAUCAGAGCAGAGUUAGAGGAGGGAGUAAAAAUUAAAGAUAUCUUAAAGACAAUAGAUUUGUAGCCUAGCUGCAUAAGGGAAUGAUUGCAAUUAAACUAACCCCAGUUCACCAUAUACUAUAAUUGUACCAUAUGAUGUGGUCCUUGCUUUUUGCUUGCAUGAUGACAUAAUGUGCAGUAGAAAAUUAGUGUAGGUGUAAAUUGUACAUGUAACUAUGGACUUUAUUUCUGAGGCCACAUUACCUAUGUGUUAACUGUAAACCCAUAUUGAGAGUGUGCAAACAUGUAACGUACAUAUUGUGAAUACCUUGUACAGUGUGGCAUAAUGUUACAUACAGAAAUACUGCACGAUAUUCGUAUGUGUUAUCCCCAUGUAUGUUUUGCCAAGGGAAUUGUGCCAGGGAUAUUUUGAGAAUGUUUUUACAGAGUUCUCAGAGCCAGUGUGCCUGUAAAUAUGCCUGUGACUUUGUAGACAUCACCCCCAUUGUGUAAAUGUACGUAUUUGCAUUUUGAACAUGUGGACCAACUUCAGACUGUGUGUAUCGAACACUGUUACCAUGGUGAUGGAAUAAACCAACAUUCCUGACCAGGUGUGUACUACCUGCAGGCACACCUGUGUUAUCCUCUCCCUGUGCUAGGCCAGGACAGGUGACAUGCAUAUUAGGCAUUUAUAAGGAAAGUCUGAAAAGUAUGAUAUUUAUAGGCUGUACCUGGGGGUUAUUCCAUUCAACAAAUGGGGGGAGAAACUUUUUUUGUUUAUUUUUUUCUAACUGGAAGUAAAGGGCUGACAACAAUCUAACAUAUCUGGAGAUAAAAGUAACGGUGUCUUUUUUUUUUAAAGAUAAUUUCCCAACCUACUCAAAGUUUUAUUUAGAAUGGUCAUAUUUGAUUUCAAAACCACAUCUUUCUUUAGACUAGGCUUGAUGAAAAUAAACCAAUUUUGAAAAGAAAACCAUUUAACAACUGUAAAUACAUAUUUUCACAGUUGUUAAUGUUGCUGCCUAUAGUAUCAGUUAUAUUCUGUCAGGAAUAUGCAAGCCUAGUAGGAUGAACUUGUUCUUCAAGACAGUCACCUGUUCUUGCCCAGGCUUCAGGUCUGUAAACUAUACUGUGAUAUUCAACUUUAAGGUCACACCAACUUAACUAAUAGGAGUGAAACAGAAAGUACUUUGAAUCAGCACAAAGAUGAAAACUAUAUAUUUGUAUGUAAAGAUAUGGUUAUGAUAGUGAUACUAAGGAGGACUUACUAGGACACAUUUCUCUAUUCUGCUUCAGCUCAAAAAUAAUUUAAGAAACUUACUAGUUAAAGUGGUGUAACCUUUAUAGCCUCUAUCAAUAUUUGUACAAUUGUAUAAAGUUCCAAACAUUUCUAUAUGCAUGCUUCUACUCUUAUAGAAAGCUUGGUAUUUUUCCUGCUAGCAUUCUAAUAAAAAAGCAAAGGUUUUGAA